GCUACUACAGCUCCUCCCACCGCCUCCUUGGGCGGGGAGUUCCGACGGCGGCUCAUUUUUGGAACCCCGCAAAGCGUCGGAGGAAGGAAGGCGCUUCUUUUUCUGAGCUUCCGAGGGCCUUUGUCCGCCUUGGCACUGCCAGCCUGAGCGAUGAAGCCCGGCUGGGCGCCCUGCGCCUGGAUCCCGGCGGCGGCGCUCCUGGACUUCCUCGCCCUCCGCCUGGCGUGGCUGGCGCUGUGGCCGCCCCGGGGGAGCCCCCUCUUGCUUUGCUGGGCCGCAGCCCUGGCGCGGUGGCUGGCGCUGACUCUCUCGGCUUAUGCCCUCGCCUGCCUCAAGGGGCUCCCCGGGGCGCUCCGAGAUGCGCUGGUGCCCGCGGCAGCCCUCCUCAGCUUCUUGGUGCCCUCCUAUGCCACCUUGCAAUACCUGGCCCUGCCCCGCGGGGGCGCUGCAGAGCUGGCACACAGCUGGGGCAGAGCAGAUGUUUUCGCCCUGAACUACCUGGUUGUGGGGGCAGUUGCCUUCAUGUGGCAUCACCUGGCGCCCCCUACCCAGGGAGAGAGCGGCAAGAGACCCUCUGCAUCGUUUGGGCGCCUCCCAUCCCUUAUGAGGCCAGAUGUGCUGCGCUUCGUGGCCGUCGCUGGUCUCCUGAUGGCCUCCUCUUUGGGGGAGAUGGCUGUUCCAUACUAUACGGGACGUGUGACUGACUGGAUCGUGACCAAGCCCGGCUCUUCUGCCUUUGAAAGAGCGCUCUGGGUGAUGUCUCUCCUCACUGUGGGCAGUACCGUGACUGAGUUUCUCUGUGAUUGCCUUUACACGUCCACCAUGAACCGGAUCCAUGCCCGCCUCCAGAGCUCCGUCUUCAGCGCCAUCCUGCGCCAGGAAAUUGGGUUCUUCCACACUAACCGGACAGGAGACAUCACGUCCCGCGUCACCUCGGACACGGACGCCAUGAGCGAGGCCCUAACUGAGGACCUGAAUCUGUUGAUGUGGUACCUGAUGCGGGGCAUCUUCCUCUACACCAUGAUGCUCUGGGUCUCCGUGCCGCUGGCCUUGUUUGUCACCGUGGGGCUCCCCUUCAUUCUGCUUCUGCCAAAACUAUCUGGGAAAUUUCACCAGAACUUGGCAGUUCGAGUCCAAGAGUCCUUGGCGAAGGCCAACGAAGUGGCGGUGGAGACCUUCCAGGCCAUCUCCACCGUCCGCAGCUUUGCAAACGAGGAAGGGGCUGCCCGGCGCUAUGAGGAGAGGCUGCAGGAGACCGACAAGCUCAACAAGUGGGAGGCGGCGGCCUAUGCAGCCUCCAUGUGGACUAGCACCAUCUCAGGACUGGCUCUCAAAGUGGGGAUUCUGUACUAUGGGGGCCACCUGGUCACGCUGGGGGGGGUGACCAGCGGAGAUCUGGUGACCUUCGUCCUCUAUGAGAUGGAGUUCUCUACAGUGGUGCGGGUCCUCCUCUCUGCUUACCCAAAUGUUCAAAAAGCCAUUGGAUCAUCUGAAAAGGUUUUCGAAUACAUGGACCGGACACCCCAGAUCAGCUCCUCGGGGACACUGGCGCCCCCAGAUUUACGGGGACACGUCCUCUUGCAGGACGUCUGGUUCUCCUAUCCUGACCGGGAUGAUUCUCUGGUGUUAAAGGGGGUGACCCUGGAGCUGCGCCCCGGCACGGUGACUGCGCUGGUCGGCCCUUCAGGGUCCGGGAAGAGCACCGUGGUGGCCUUGUUGGUGCGGUUCUAUGAUCCGGAGCGUGGGCGGGUGAUGCUGGAUGGGAAAGACCUGCAGGAAUACGAGCAUCACUUUUUGCAUCGCAAGGUGGCGCUGGUGAGCCAGAACCCGGUCCUGUUUGCUCGGCCUCUGCACGGGAACAUCGCCUACGGACUGGGGGAACAGAGUCGGGAGGAGGUGAAGCAGGCAGCCCAGCGAGCCGGGGCACACCAGUUCAUCGACAAGCUGAGCCGCGGUUAUGACACAGAUGCUGGGGAAACAGGAGGACAGAUCUCAGGGGGGCAGAGGCAGGGGGUCGCCAUUGCCCGGGCCCUGAUCCGAGACCCCCGAGUGCUGAUCCUGGAUGAUGCCACCAGCGCUCUUGACACAGAGAGUCAGCAGCAGGUGGAGAAGGAAAUCUACGAGGGGGCGGCUCGUGCCAGGCGCUCUGUGCUGCUGGUCUCCCACCGCCUCCACGCCGUGGAACGGGCUGACCACAUCGUAGUGAUGGAAGAGGGGCAGAUCCGAGAGGAAGGGACCCACCUGCAACUCAUGAGGAAGAGGGGCGCCUACUGGCAGCUGGUACAGACUCAGCAAAACGGGGCGGAGGGGCAGCGGCAGGCGCCUGGCGAGUGGGCGUCCGUGGCCGAGCCCCGGGGAGGGGAGUCUCCCGGGCGCCUUCCCGCCCUGCUUGCCUCCCUCUCCACGGGGCGCGGGGCGGGAAGGCGAGGCCGGGCUGCCGCGGCUGCUUUCGCUUUCGGUGCGCCUGGAAGAGACGGGGUGGCGGCGAUGGCGCUGCAGGACGUGUGCGGGCUGUCGGGCGGCCCGGCCGGGGAGUGGGGCUGCAGCGCGCCCGGGGCUGCUUGGGCGGCGUCGGGCGGCGUCGGGCAUUACGCCUUCGGGGCGCGGAAGGCCCGCAUCGCCGUGCCCCGCGGCAGGCAGCCAUCUGAGUUCUUGCAGACCCACUGCAAUGGCAGUGAAGACGGGCACCGGAUCGAGCUUGCGCAUGGCACCACCACCCUAGCAUUUACUUUCCAGCAUGGGGUCAUUGUGGCCACGGACUCCCGGGCAUCGGCUGGCAAAUAUAUCUCCACUCUGCUUUUUAACAAGGUGAUUGAGAUCAAUCCUUACCUCCUGGGCACCAUGUCUGGAAGUGCCGCGGACUGCCAGUACUGGGAGCGGCUCCUUGCCAAACACUGCAGGCUGUAUUACCUGCGCAACAAGGAACGGAUCAGCGUCUCGGCUGCCUCCAAGCUGCUGGCCAACAUGCUGGCAGAGUACCGGGGCAUGGGGCUCUCGGUGGGCAGCAUGCUGUGCGGGUGGGACAAAAAGGGCCCUGGUCUUUACUACAUAGACGACAACGGGGUACGCCUGUCGGGGCCUCUCUUUUCUACGGGAAGUGGAAACUCGUAUGCUUACGGCGUGCUGGACACUGGAUACAGCCCUGAUCUCAGCGUGGAGGAAGCCUACGACCUCGGCAGGCGGGCCAUCUCUUACGCCACCCACCGUGAUGCCUACUCUGGCGGGGUGGUCAACAGGGGAAAUGCAACAGCUUUGAAGCCGGGGGCGGGGCCAGGGCUGGGUUUCCCCUGGAAAACGAAAGUGGCCCAUUCGGGAUCGUGGUUCGGCAGCUUCGUUUGUGGGGAUCCCGGGGAGCGAUAUUCUGCUGCCAUGGGCCUCCUCGCUGCUUUCUAUUCAGCUGCCCCCCUCCUUUUCUGCGAUGCUGCCCUCCUUUCCCUGCUCGACUGGGGGCGGCCCUCCCUGGUCUCCCUGGGGGCUGCAGCUGCUUGGCUGGAGGCCGGACUGCGCCUGCUGGCUCUCUUGGGGGUACGGGGGCUGCUGUCCCUGGCCUGGCCCUCCCGAAUGCCCCCUGCAGCUCUGGCAACUAUGUGUCUGUCACCCCCUCUUUACCUCUCGGUGGGGCACUGGUUUGGAGACCCCCCUCUCCUGUUCUCUUCAGCCCCUCGGUCCUGGCUGCUGCUGGGCUAUGGGGCAGCGGGUCUGGUCUACCUCACCUGGGGGGCUCUGGAGCACGGGAACGGUGUGGGAGAAACCAAGAAAGAAGACAAGGCCACGCUGUGGAAGCUGCUGAGGCUGUUCCAUCCCGAUGUCCAGUACCUUGGCGGUGCCUUUGUGUUCCUCACAAUGGCGGUGAUCGCUGAGACAUUCAUCCCCUAUUAUACGGGGCGUGUGAUUGACAUCUUGGGCAAGAAAUACGACUCGGAUGCCUUCUCGGGCGCCAUCUUCCUCAUGUGCCUAGUAUCUCUUGGCAGCUCUUUGUCUGCUGGCUGUCGUGGGGGCCUCUUCAUGUUCACCUUGUCCCGGGUGAACAUCCGCGUUCGUGGCCUGCUCUUCUCUUCUCUGGUGCGGCAGGACCUGGCCUUCUUCCAGGAGGUGAAAACAGGGGACCUGACCUCCCGCCUCUCCAAAGACACAACCAUGAUGAGCCGUUCGGUGCCGGCCAACACCAACAUCUUCCUGCGCUCCCUGAUCAAGGCUAUCGGGCUGUACAGCUUCAUGUUCGGCCUGUCGCUGCACCUGACUCUGCUGACCCUCAUCGAGACGCCACUCAUGAUGGCACUCCAGAAGGUCUACGAUGCCCGUCACCAGGCUUUGCUAAAGGCCAUCCAAGACUCCCUGGCCCGCUCUGGGGAGGUGGUCCAUGAAGCGGUCUCUUCCAUCAAGACGGUGCGCAGCUUCGCCACCGAGGAGGAGGAGUCUGGGCGCUACGGGGUGGCCUUGGCUGAGACUCAGCGGCUGAAGAACCAGCGAGAUCGAGAGCGGGCUGUGUAUCUUCUCGUCCGGCGGCUCCUUCGGCUGGGCCUCCAUGUACUCCUGCUGUAUAGCGGAUACCAGCAGAUCCACGCCGGCCUCCUCACCAAAGGGAAUCUGCUCUCCUUCAUCAUCUAUCAGGCGGAUGUGGGGAUGCAUGUACAGACCCUGAUAUACAUGUACGGAGACCUUCUGAGCAACGUGGGGGCGGCAGAGAAGGUGUUCGAGUACCUUCAUCGGGAGCCGGCAGUUCGCACAGACGGGACACUGUCCCCGGCCGUCCCCCGAGGCCGUGUCUCCUUCCGAAAUAUUUCCUUCUGCUAUCCUUCUCGCCCGGAUAUCCAGGUCUUAAAGAACGUCUCUUUUGACCUCCUCCCUGGAGAGGUGACGGCACUGGUGGGCCUCAACGGCAGCGGGAAGAGCACCUGUGUGGCGCUGCUGGAACGAUUCUACGAGCCCCAGUCCGGGGAGGUCUUGCUGGAUGGGACCCCGAUCCAGAAAUAUGAGCACAAAUACUUGCACAGCCAGGUGGCACUGGUGAGCCAGGAGCUGGUCCUCUUCUCUGGGUCCGUUCGGGACAAUAUAGCCUAUGGGGUGGAAGGCUGCAGCGAAGAAGACGUGAUCAGGGCAGCGAAGGACGCCAACGCCUUGGAGUUCAUCAAGGAGCUGGAAGGAGGGUUCGAUGCAGAUGUGGGUGAGAAAGGGGGGCAGAUGUCCGUGGGGCAGAAGCAGCGCCUGGCCAUUGCCCGAGCCCUGGUCCGGAACCCCAAAGUCUUGAUCCUGGACGAAGCCACCAGUGCCUUGGAUGUGGAGAGCGAAUCAGCUAUCCAGAAGUCGUUGCUUGGCAGCCAACGCCGGGCAGUGCUGGUGAUCGCUCACCGCAUGCAGACGGUGGAGAACGCCAACAAGAUCGUGGUGCUGGAAGCUGGGAAGGUGGUCGAGGAGGGAACUCACGAGGAACUGAUGGCUCGGAGGGGCCCCUACCACAAACUGGUGCAAAGGAACUGGGCUCAGUGAUUUGUAGAGGCGCUGUUUGGGCAGCCCGUUUUUGGCUGUAGAAUUUUGUGUGGACCGUGAAACAUGUCUUGGACAAGAAGAGUUGGUCCCGUCCUGGAGCCAUGGAGGGCCGCAGUGACCACAAGAGAAUGCACAGCGCCUAGCGCUCCUUGGGGGGCCCUCAGCUCCUCUAAGCUGAAGAGAUUUUAGGUACCCCUCACUGGUUGAUAGGUUUUGUUUUUAUUGUAAUUGUAUUAUUAGUGGGAUAUAAAUGAUUGUAAGGAAACUAUAAACGGCUGUCGUUGGGGCGUUAGAUGUGAAACGUGAAUGGGGAAGGGAUAGAGAGAGCAAGUGUGAGAAGGCGGG